CAUUUACAACACAGUUAAUCUGUGUGAUAAUUUUGAUUGUUUAAGAAAUAUUUGGUGUGUUUUCAUCCCUUGUCCACUGUAUGUAAAAGACAUUCACUUUAGAAGAGACUGAAUAGCAAAUUAUGUUAUAAACAUUUAUUAUAUGUUCUCAUAAAGAUUCACUUUCUUUUUAAUGGCUUCUCAACAUUGUUCAAUUCGUUUAAUUCGUCAAGAUACAUCUAUUCCAUGGGGUUUUCGAUUAGAAGGUGGUACUGACUUUGGUCAUUCCAUAACUAUACAACAUGUGAAUCCUGGAAGUAUAGCUGAUUACAGUGGACUUCGGGCUGGUGAUCAUGUGAUACGAAUCAAUCAAUCUGAAACUAAAUGGAUGAGACAUGAUGAUGCGAAAAUGGAGAUCAUACGAUCAAGUAAUGAUUUAGAAUUGUUUGUUCAACGUAAUGAAAUUGUAAAUCAAUAUACACAUCAAAAUAAUUUUUCUCCAUCACCAAAACAUUCGUUAAGUAGAUCACCGAAACCAGUUUCUCCACAACCAGUUAGUCGACAAACUAUUUGGCAACCUAAAAUUGUUUCAUCUGUUCAAAUGUCACCAAAUAGUAAUCAUAACAAUCACCAAGCAUAUGGAACUCAUGUUAAUUUAGAGGCUACAUCGAAAAAUGAAGAGUCAUCAUCUAUCGGAGUUAAGCACAAUAUCUCACCACUUCCAUUUGGUCAAUCACCACCGGCACCUGGAGAAAACGUACUAACAAAAGUCGGUGAGGGACGUUAUAGAAAAAUCAGUCACUCAUCAUAUAAUUCACCUAUGGGUUUAUAUAAUCAAAAAAAUAGAAAUCAAACAUUUGAAAGAACAUUGUCUAAUGCUACAGGCAAUCAACAUGAUGGUACAGCACCUCAAGUAUCACCAACAACACCACCAUCAAUGUAUUGUGGAUCAUGUGGAGGUUUUAUACGCGGUGUUUUUGUUAAAGUACAAGGUCGUAUCCCAAUGCAUCCUGAAUGCCUUAAAUGUUGUAAAUGUGGAAUAGGUUUACGUAAUAUUGGUUAUUUCUACAUUAAAGAACAAUUGUAUUGUGAAACUCAUGCUAAACAAGCUGCACCACCUCCUGAACCUGGCAUGAAAGCUGUUGUUGUUUAUAAAUAACAGGUGAACUUUGAAAAAAAGAAAUAAUAAUUUAAGUUCUAUGAAAGAUAUUUAAUAUCCAAUUAUACAUGAAGCUAUCAAAAUGAUUGAGUGAGUUUUACCAUUUUUUUGUUGUUGAAACGAAACAAACUAUUAUUAUUUCCCGUCAACAAAAAUGUUUAGUUUACAAAAUCUAUUGUCAAAAUCAUUAGGAUUAGUCCAAAAUUGGAUAUUUUAUCAACAAAAAAAACCCAUCUUAACUCUCAUUAUCAGUUGGGCAUGUAAAUUGAUUUAUAACAUAUAUAUUACAUUAAAUGAUUUGAAUAUAGACAAACCGUCUACUCAAUAUAUCCAACUCCUUUUUCAAUUGAGAAGAUUGAAUGAUUAAGAAACUAUUUAACUGAAUGAUAAUUAUAGUUGUGAAUGUAUGAUCAUUAUUAUUAUUAUUAUAGUUUACAAAUAAUUACCUACAAUCUAUAUACCUUUCUACUUACUUUGAGAAGAGAAGAAAAACAAACAAACAAACAAACAAAAGAGCUCUCUUUCUGAUUAUCCGUCGAUUGUUUGUUUUUUCUCUUUUUUUUCCAAGCAAACUCAUGCAGCCCUUUUAUUUUAGAUGUUUCAUUCUACUUAUUCUAUAGUUUAUUUCAUUAUCUUGAUUAAUAUUCACUAAUAAUGAUCGUAAUUAUAAAAUUGUAAUUGUUUAAGUAUUCAGUAAUUCAUUAUUUUAUUGAUUAGAUUAUUGUUAAUACGAUCAAUGUAUGAACCGUUAAAUAUUGAUUGUGUAUCCGGUAAUAAAAUAAUCAAUUUAGUCUUAUCAAAAUUGUUGUUAUCAUUUCAAUGAAGGUAAUAGGAAAGAAAAUAUCUUGAAUUGUGUUUUAUUUUUCUUAAAUAUAAUAAGUAAUGAAAUUUCA